CCGGUCAUGGCUGCCGUCGACGAUUCAAAGUCGUCUUUGCAACGCCUUCUUUCCCUCGACAAAUCCUUUGAUUCUUUUGAAGAGCGUGUUCAAGAAGCUGCUCGAAUCCUUGACAUCUCUCUAGAUCCCCAAUCCGCUCCCGAAUCUCCUGCUUCUUCCUCGCUCUCACAUACUGCCCGUCUGGACUUUGUAUUGCGUUGGCUUCUCGACAAGCUCUCUGCCCAGUCAGACACUUGCCAAUGUCUUCCAUCAUGGAUCCUCCUGCGUCGUAUUCUUGAGCGCAUGCCCUCUGCUGCCCUGGCUAAGUCCUUGUCUGCCGCCAGUCCGAUCAACACCUGCUCGAACGCUCUCGCUCAACUCUUCCCACCCACCUCGUCUCCAGCUCCGAACACUACAGAAGACGCCAAACGCUCCUCGAAAAAGAGAAAGAGGCAAAGUGCUGCCAAUGACACGACGUCAGAUCAUCCUGCUCUCAUCUUUGGCCAGAUCACGGCUUCGAUCUGUCUUUUGAUCUCCCGUUCGACCCAGUCCCCAUCUGCGACAGACGCUGCCUCGGAGAAUCGCGUCCACGCUCUUUUACGUCUUGAUCACGCAGAUCUGGUCCGCUUUGUCAAGCAUACUCUUUAUGCCUUGCUACACCUAAGAUCCUCGCAAAACCUUCCCAUCUCUCUUGUGGCGUCUUCAUUGGCUCUCAUUCAAGACUUGGCUAUCCUGCAACCCAACGCUUCAGUCGACCCUCUGGAUAUCUCCUUCUGCACCGAGUGCUUGUGGCCGGCUGCUCUCCUUCUACAACUCUUGCAAUCGGACCUGACUUCAGAUGGUGCUUCCCAGCAACAUGCACAACAUGCCAUCCGAUCUCUCGAUCGUUUGCUGGCAACACAUCUUUUCGUACCAGCAAGAGUUGCGUUUUAUAGCUCAAAGGCCGUCGUACANAANAAACGCCAACAAGCAGAGGUUCCCGGCUUGGUACAGAGAUUGGAGUCUUUGCGAUCACAGAUCACCGCUCUUCUCGAUGCAGACGCUUCAGACCUCGUCAAGCAAGACCAACUUUCCCAUGCAUAUGGAUGCGUGCCGUUGUUACUAGAUCUGGCUGUUCGCUGUGCGCCCAUUGCCAAUCCCAAGCAAAGGAUAAUCGAGGCNCCCUGGAUCCACCUUGUAUUCAAUUCCUUGUCGGAUACGAUAACUCCUUCCUCAAAAGCUUCUGACGCUGCGAUCGUCAAUCAGAAACUGAAGGACAUGUUGGAUGUGCUCUCAAGCAAGAGUUUGGUGCUUGAUGCCGAUGUGCUGAGUGAGAUGUUGGCUCAGCGAUGUAACUUGUCUACAUCUCUUCCUGAUUUCCCUCUUGUUGCAAAAAUUCUCAACAUGAACGCAAGCAUGUUCACAGACCUCAACGCUGCUCCGGCCAAGGCAUUGUUCGAAGCACUAACAAGUAAUGGGGAAGCAAAAGCAUCCACAGUCUCAGGCUCGGUCUCCGCCGAUGACUGGGAGAACCCUCGAACUAUCUGCUAUAAGAUUGUGGUACCUCUGAUGCACGCUUAUGCUCGUACUCGCAAUCUUCCCACUUUCCUCGAUCAGUGGUCCUUAUGUCUCAGCAUCCAGAUAUCUUCGAAGAAGACAUCCAAGUGGCUUCUCUGGGCAGACUUGUCCUUGGAGGAGUCAUUGAGAACCAUAUUGGAGACGUCUCUGACAUCUGCACAAAUAUCAGAGCUAUUGGAAUCUCGCCAGAGGGCAUUGACUCAGUCGGUUGCAUCGUCCUCUGUUGCAAGUUCCGAGGCCUUUGCAAAUAUUGUCUUGCUCAAUGCCAUCAUCGGUGCUUUGAAGACUGACGCUACGAUUGACACUCUUGUGCUUCAUCUAGAGUCACUGCUUUCUGCCAUGGAGAGUGCUUUCCUUCAUCCCGCGGACAUCAAUGGUCUUCUUUCUGCUCAUAUGAUCGGUUUAUGUUCGCGAAUCUAUCAGCUAUGGUACCCAAUCUGGUCAACUUCCAAGUCGAGCGAAGAGGUACAGAUGAGGAACUCAGCACUGCUUGACGGCCCUAUCACACGGUUUGCCCUNGAAAAGAUUCAGAGCGGCUCGAAACUAAAGUCUGGCACCUCUGCUGGUAAUGUGUCGGAAGUCGAUUCUGCGUUUGUCUUCAUCGCCUCCAUAUGCGAUAUGCAAAGGCAAUUAACUGGACACGAAUCCGAUUACGCGCAUCUCUUCUGUCGUGCAGCUUUGCCCUCUCAGGACGGGGACAAAUCUCGUAGUUACGCUUCACAGCGACCUGCCGCUUUCUUGACGGUUCUCACUGGUUACCCAGGACUUCUUGCUUGUAUACCUGCGACUGAGCGAGUCCAGCUCUUCAAAGACCUAUUCAGCAGCUUCUUCUCUGUGUCUCCGCGCUCGAGCUCUGUGCUUCUCGAGUUCUUGGACGCGGUGUUCGCAGCUAGCGAUCUCUCAAUCAAAGACGAUCUUUUUACGGUAGUCUGUGAAACAAUAGAGAGUUUCGAUGCAUCUGGGUCGUGGCUUGAUAUUCUUCUGCAGUGGCCGUUGAAAGGAUUCUCUCGCCAACAGCGCGAGAAGAUCUUGGACGUCAUUGUAUCCUCGGUGACCAAAGAAAGGCUCAGUGGACAAGCCAAACAGCAGGGCCUCGAUCUGAUUGCAGUACUUCUUGAGCUACCAAAUGCAACAGCCAAGAUCUCGGUGGCGCCUGAUGUGCUAUGGGGUCUGGCCAGCGUGUCUUACAAUAACACUGAGCUGAAUGCUUUCGAGGAUAUUUGUAAGCGCCUUCUUGGACACAUCAUUGAUACCAAAGAGCAGGAUCGAAGUAAGGCCUACCUAGAACAACUUUCUGUGCUCGUAUCGGAUUUUGUCAGCAAACAGAAAGACUUGGACGCAAAGCGCUUUGCGAAGAAGCUGCGUAGUCUGGUUGAAGAGUCGAAAGACGUUCCCAUCCCAAUCCUGGUCCGAUGCUUCCAGCAGCUAUCUUCGGCCGCACACAAAGCUGAUUCCAUUGACAUAUGCACAAGUGCCGAGCAUCUACUAACGAAAGAAACUGAUGCCGGCCAAUACUGGGCCAUCACUGACUCUGUCAUCAAGAGUAUGCAGAAUAUGUCCGAGAACGAAAAGCUCUCUUUGAUCGAACGAAUUCUGCCUGCCUCGGUUCAACAGUGCACGGCAGAAAAAGUCAUGUUAGUGCGAUGCAUUAUCACUGCAAUGCAUGUUUCCCGCAAGCAGGGCGCCGCUGCUUCGGAAGCUGGUUCGGUGUCUGUCCUUGUACGCCUGCUAGAACUUUUGAAUGCUUGCUCCGAGUACGACGUCCAUCAGCAGUUGGUCGCCUGUGUCGUCGCUGUUUUGAGAGAACAGGUGUGUCUGAGAAGUUCUACUUCACCUGAACAACUUACUAACAACCUAUUUAGNCCUAACCUUGUUACGCAAUACUCUGUAGAGAUGACCAUCGCUACAGUNGACCACUCUGCGUCACCCUCAUCGCCGAUUAAGAGUGUCAAGCAAGCAUCAUUGAUGUUCGAGGGCCUUUGUACAAUUACCCAAAGCCUCUUGCAGUUCCAUCGUCCUAGUCUCGGCGGCCGGUUCCAUCUCCUCGUUCCAUUGAUGCAAAGACUACUUUCCUGCCUCUUCUUACCUAGCAAUAGAGAUGCGGGAACCGUCAACAGAUUCAAACACCCAGCAUGGCUCGAUCCGAUGACUGCUUCAUUGAUUCUGAAGCACGCGCAAAAUUACUCGAGGCUUCUCGAAAACCUUUGCAACCCACCACAGUUUAACGUGGCUGGAAGCCGAGGAAAGGGACCUGACCUCGUCGACGAGACACGCAAAGCUCGCAUGCAUGUUGCCCAACAUACUCCCCACAUUCUUCACUACUACUGCACUCUUAUCUUGAACGGUAAACUAGGCGAAGGCAUGCGAGAUGCCCUUACGCCAGGCAUGUGGGCAAUCCUCGAUGUCGCCGAGAUUGGUGCAGAUGACAGCCGUGGCGUCAAAGCAUUGAGCUCCAGUAUGGGCAAUGCUGAUCGUGCCGUCUUGAGAGGCAUUUGGGAAGACUGGCGACGAUUCGGUGGAGCUUGGAAGGGUUAG